GUUCCGGGCGCUGGUGCGCAGAUGCCGCCGCGCCGGCGCCGGACCGUGGCCGGCAUCGACCAGGACGACCUCCUCGACCCGGAGGAGCUCGCCGACCCGGACAGCAGCUUCUACGAGAUCAACGGCGUCAGGGUCCACCACAAGGUCUGCGCCCACGACGACGACCAGUCCUCGGGCUCCGCCGUCGCGAGGACUCAGAUCGGGCUGCCCAUAGUGCUGCUGCACGGCUUCGGCGCGUCCGUGUUCUCCUGGAGCCGCGUCAUGCGGCCGCUCGCCCGCAUCGCCGGCGCCAAGGUCCUCGCCUUCGACAGGCCGGCGUUUGGCCUGACUUCCCGGACUGGCUGGUCCGGCGAUGACACCAAGCCUCUCAACCCCUACUCCAUGGCCUUCUCGGUCAUGGCCACAUUGGCAUUCAUAGACCAACUCGGCACCGGGAAGGCCGUCCUUGUCGGGCACUCAGCUGGUUGCUCUGUCGCUGUGGAAGCGUACUUCGAGGCACCGGAGCGGGUGGCGGCGCUUGUGCUGGUUGCACCGGCAAUUUUCGCGCCGGCAAAGAAGGGCAACCCGGACAGCGGCGUCGGGGAGCAGCAAGGGCCGGAGAAGAAGGAUUCUGAUGAUGGCAGUGCACCAUCAAAUCCAUUUGCUAGGAUUUGGAGAGGAUUUCUUGGCAUGUUUAUGUGGCUUGCAGGGCUUAUUCUGAAGGCGGCAAUGGCUGUGCAGGAUAUGGUCAGUGCUUUGUCUCGUAAAGUUCUUGUCGCUUUUCUCCGAUCUUCACUAGCGGCGACUAUGGUGAGAUUGGUCAUGGAUAAAUUCGGCAUAACGGGUGUCCGUAAUGCAUGGUAUGACCCAAGCAAAGUAACUGACCAUGUUAUUCAAGGCUACACCAAGCCACUAAGAUCCAGGGGCUGGGAGAAGGCUCUGUUGGAGCACACUAUAUCCAUGAUCACAGAUACACCCAAGUCAAAAGUGCCAGUCUCAAAGAGGCUAUCUGAAAUCUCAUGCCCAGUGCUAGUGCUGACUGGUGACACCGACCGACUUGUUCCAGCUUCGAAUGCUGAACGCUUAGCGCGCGCCAUUCCUGGUGCGACAUUUGAGGUGAUCAAGAAUUGCGGGCACUUGCCCCAGGAGGAACGAGCUGAAGAAUUUCUUUCAGUCGUCGAACGGUUCCUUCAGGGAGCUUUUGGAACUCCAGUUGAGCAAAUGUUCCAACCAGCUGUGUGAUUAUCCAUGCUCCUAGAUGCAUAUGCAGAAAACAUGGACCUGCAGCCCUGUCUUAACAGGGGUAAAGAGAAAAAAUUAUUGCAGUGAAACAAUUGGAGAUUCAUCAUCUAAAGAUCCGUGGAUGUUGAUAUCAAUGAAGUCAAACAUUAGUGUGCAAAAUUGGCAAUUGAAUCUUACUGCACAAAAAUCCAGAUACAGAGAAGAAAUUCAAUGGAUAGGUUGCUCCAGUCCAACCCGAAGACAGCGUUUUGCUGUAACUAAAACUUCUCAUUGUGUAAAGUGGUAAAUCAGAGGGUGUUUACAGAAUGUCGUAGCUGUGUCAAUGUUUGUAUAUAGUUAGAAACCUUCGCAUCUCUCCCUUGACUCAUUUAUCUUGUUGGCUUAUCUUGUACCAGUACUUGAUAAAGGAAUUUCGCGCAACAAAUUUUCAACAUCA